UUCAGUUGAAAUUAGUUUAUUGAAAAGAAAGUAGGUGUUAGCAUGAAUGUUGUGUGAUUUUUAAAAGUAAAUUCCUAUUGUAUCAGUAUUGUGUAACGAUUUUAAUUCAAUUCCUACUGUUAAACAAAGUUCAAUAUUGUAUAUUAAAUUUAUAAAUUAAUAAAAAUUUGAUAAAAGGAUGAAGUCAGCAUCAUAUUUUGAGACCAAGGAAGAGAGUACUUCAAAAUUAGCUACAAAAGCAAAAGAAUCUCCGUUUAUGUUAAUGGGAAUUGGAGGUUUUAUUGCUGCUGGACUUAUUGGAGCGUACAAGUAUCGUACACGAGGAAACAUGAGCACAAGUGUAUUUUUAAUGCAAUUACGUGUAGCUGCUCAAGGUACUGUAGUUGGUUGUUUAACAUUAGGAUUAGCGUAUUCAAUGGCGAAAGAAUAUAUGUUUAAAGAUAAAAAGGAAUCUUAAACUUAUCUUUAAUUUAUUUUAUAUCAUAAAAUUGUAUGUGGCAAAGAAGCUUCAAAUUAAUUUGCAGUAAUAAUAUUUAAAAUAGGAAAAAAAUGUAUCUGUAUUUUAGUAAUUAAAUAUUUUAAAAUAAUUUAUUUUUGGAAAGGAACUCAUACAUACACAACUCGGAAAUGAAAUUGUAAAUAAAUUAUUAUAAAUUUUAAAUUUACAUAUUUAUUUUUUGAUAUCAAUUUUAUAUUAAGUAAAAUAUUUAUUAUAGCAGAAAGACAUGUGUAUAAAUCGAGUAAAGUUGGAGUUCAAUUUUAACAAAAAUGUUAAGUUUUUAAUUAUUAUGUGAAUUAAAUGUGAACAUCGACAAA